UGAGCCAUUUCUCCAGCCCAAGAACAUACUUUUCAGAGUGGUUUCUGGGAUAUCUAGGGUCAUGACAUUUCAAUGUCAAGAUUUCUUUGCCUCUGUUUUUUAAGCGGCUCAAUACAAGAUACAGGUGUAGACAUAAACUUAACGUUCAGCUGUGCCAGAUUAAAACAUUAAAAUGUACCAAUCUGUUUUAUCAGUGUACAAGAAUUAACCAAUCACCACCUGAACUCCUCAGCCAAUAGUACUACUGCGCGUGAUUUUUCAAAAGUAGACCAGCCUAUAAGGAUGCCUCUUUGGGGAGGAGGGGUACGAGUAUCGCGCGUGCGCAAAUGCAAGCGUACUUAAGGGCAACCCUUUCGCUGCUUUUCAUCUUUCUGUUCCUACCAUGGCCCGUACUAAGCAGACCGCUCGCAAGUCCACCGGCGGCAAGGCUCCGCGCAAGCAGCUGGCCACCAAGGCUGCUCGUAAAAGUGCCCCGGCCACCGGUGGCGUGAAGAAGCCCCAUCGUUACCGUCCGGGUACCGUAGCGUUGCGUGAGAUCCGGCGCUACCAGAAGUCGACCGAACUGCUGAUCCGCAAGCUGCCGUUCCAGCGCCUGGUGCGCGAGAUCGCUCAGGACUUCAAGACGGACCUGCGCUUCCAGAGUUCGGCCGUCAUGGCCCUGCAGGAGGCCUGUGAGGCCUACCUUGUGGGUCUGUUUGAGGACACCAACCUGUGCGCCAUCCACGCCAAGCGUGUGACCAUCAUGCCCAAGGACAUCCAGCUGGCCCGCCGCAUUCGUGGCGAGAGGGCAGAUUCCAUGGAGAGCGGUGAAGAUAAAGCUGUGGCUCUGAAAAGAGCCUUUGGAUCUGUUGUGAGCUCUGUGGGCUCACUUGGAGCUGGUGUACUUGGUGACGGCCUUGGUGCCCUCGGACACAGCGUGCUUGGCCAGCUCCCCCGGCAGCAGCAGGCGCACGGCCGUCUGGAUCUCCCGGGACGUGAUGGUCGAGCGCUUGUUGUAAUGCGCCAGGCGCGACGCCUCGCCCGCGAUGCGCUCGAAGAUGUCGUUCACGAACGAGUUCAUGAUGCCCAUGGCCUUAGAAGAGAUGCCGUUUUUGCUGCUAUGGCUCGUACUAAGCAAACCGCUCGCAAGUCCACCGGCGGCAAGGCCCCGCGCAAGCAGCUGGCCACUAAGGCCGCCCGUAAAAGCGCCCCGGCCACCGGCGGCGUGAAGAAGCCCCACCGCUACCGUCCGGGCACCGUGGCUCUGCGCGAGAUCCGGCGCUACCAGAAGUCCACCGAGCUGCUGAUCCGCAAGCUGCCGUUCCAGCGCCUGGUGCGCGAGAUCGCUCAGGACUUCAAGACCGACCUUCGCUUCCAGAGCUCGGCCGUCAUGGCUCUGCAGGAAGCGAGCGAGGCCUACCUUGUGGGUCUGUUUGAGGACACCAACCUAUGCGCCAUCCACGCCAAGCGUGUGACCAUCAUGCCCAAGGACAUCCAGCUGGCUCGCCGUAUUCGUGGGGAGAGAGCUUAAUUUUGUACGAAAAGCCACAAACCCAAAGGCUCUUUUCAGAGCCACCCACACAUUUCUAUGAAAAGUGCUGUUCCAUAACUUUGACACCAUGACUAAAGGUGGUUAAUAAUCCCUGCCAUCUCCAUUUAAUAGUCCCUUUUCCAUACACAACUUGUAUCUAUCCUUGUGCUAAAGUGUAAUGUUCCUUAUUAGAACUUUACUUUUCCCCGUC